AUGAUCUUCGGCGGACUAGAGAUAGUCGCAGGUGGCUACCUUCUUCACCGACACUACCGAAAGAAGAAUGAAGUUGAACAGCAGAGACUGGAACAUGAAACCCAACAAAGGCGGCAUCAAACAUUUCCUGGUGCGAAAGCGAACGGAUGGAAUACCCAGGCGCAACACCGACCUCAGCACCAUCAGCAGCCCAUGAUGCCACAGCACAAGUACGCGUACUCUGCUCCUCCUGUAGCAGCAAUCCCUCAACCCCAGUAUGCAUAUCAGGCAGAACCCCAGCAUCAGCCUCGCCCGCAACCACCUACGCAUACGCAGAGCUUCAAUAUACCCCGUCGACCCGUGCCGCAGCCGCAGCCGAAACCGCAGAUCAUAAUACAACCGUCACUUCAACGCACCGACUCCUUCGCGACACUUUCACGCAUGCCCAUCGCGAACGGCUCGCGCCCUCAAGACAUCCCCGAAGAGCAGACUCCUGCCUACCCUCCUCGAAGGCACACGAACGGCUUACAGCCCGCACCCCAACACAGCGUCUAUGGGAAUGCAGGGUUCUCGGUGUCGACACCUGCGUUCGGCCCUACACCUACGUCGCCGUCGUUGACGUAUGCGAUGGCUACCGGUCCAGAAGGAGGGCAUACUGUUGAUGACAAUUGGCAGACGUACGGGCAUGGUGAUGGACGGCCACACUAUGCACCGACGGUGUCGACGCAGUUGGGUGAGCGGGAUCCCCCGCCGCCAUACACCCCAUAA